UCUAUUAUUUUUACUCCUUAUUUUAAGAAUCUUGUUUUGAAUCUUUAUGAAAGCUUUGCUCUUCCCUAAUAUAAAUCAACAAACUCGUUGAAGAAAAAAAAAAAAAAUCAACAAACUCGUUGACUCUGCAAAACCCUCAUGUGCUAAGUUUCAAGGUUUAUGUUCUUUUGAGCUCUCUAUAACAAUUUCGAAAAUGGCGGAUAGAUACGAGAACCAAGCUCCUGAGAAGCUUCAGGGGAAGUAUCAAGCAAUGGUUGUUUGCUGUAUUCUUGGGAUUGGAUCUCUUGUUUCUUGGAACAGUAUGCUUACUAUAGCAGAUUACUAUUACCAAGUUUUCCCGGAUUAUCAUCCUUCAAGGGUACUUACACUUGUAUACCAACCGUUUGCGCUUGGAACUAUCGUGAUUCUCGCAUACCACGAAUCGAAAAUCAAUACCCGAAAACGUAACCUGAUUGGUUACAUUCUAUUCACGAUAUCCACAUUCUUGCUCAUAGUUUUGGAUUUGGCAACAAAAGGACGUGGUGGAAUCGGACCUUAUAUUGGUUUAUGCGCAGUCGUUGCUUCUUUUGGCCUCGCGGAUGCUACCGUUCAAGGAGGAAUGAUCGGUGAUUUAUCAUUGAUGUGCCCUGAACUAGUUCAGUCAUUCAUGGGAGGUUUGGCUGUAGCUGGUGCGCUAACAUCAGCACUUAGGCUAAUAACGAAAGCAGCUUUUGAGAAAAAAAACGACGGUCUACGUAAAGGAGCAAUGAUGUUCUUAGCUAUCUCCACAUUCAUAGAAUUUCUCUGCGUGAUGCUAUACGCUUAUGUGUUCCCAAAACUCCCCAUUGUUAAGUAUUACCGAAGAAAAGCUGCUUCUGAAGGAUCCAAAACUGUUUCUGCUGAUCUUGCUGCUGCUGGUAUCCAAAAUCAAUCAGACUUGCUUCUUGAUUCUUCUAUGCAGACUGAUGAUGAUUCCAAGAAUCAAAGGCUAAGCAACAAAGAGUUGUUGAUACAAAACAUAGACUAUGCAGUGAAUUUAUUCCUCAUCUACGUUUGUACAUUAUCCAUUUUCCCCGGGUUCUUGUAUGAAAAUACAGGACAACACGGGCUGGGCGCUUGGUACGCACUUGUCUUAGUAGCGAUGUACAAUUGCUGGGAUUUGGUAGGGAGGUACACGCAGCUGGUGAAAUGGCUCAAGAUUGAGAAUAGAAAGCUGAUCACAAUUGCAGUUUUAUCACGUUAUCUACUCAUUCCGGCGUUCUACUUCACUGCGAAAUAUGGUGAUCAAGGAUGGAUGAUUAUGCUUGUUUCUGUUUUGGGAUUGACUAAUGGACAUCUCACUGUUUGCAUUCUCACUACAGCUCCUAAUGGCUAUAAGGGUCCGGAGCAGAAUGCAUUAGGGAACUUGCUGGUGAUAUUUCUGUUAGGAGGGAUAUUUGCAGGAGUUGCUUUGGAUUGGUUAUGGCUUAUUGGUAAGAAGAAUGCCUUCUGAGUUCUAAUCACUCUAAAACCAGUGGUUCAUUUUAAUUAAAUUGGAUGUUAAUUAAUUUGCUUUCAUAUUCUUUGCUUGUUACCUGUAAGGGUUUCUUAUUCUUAAAAGCAGAGGAUGUUUAAUUACAUUUGCUAUGUAUAUUGGGUGUUAAAGAAUGAUUGUUCCUAUACACAUUUUCUUGCAACAUCUGUCAUAAAGUCACAAGUUAUGGUGACUAUCUUCAAGUCGAUUGUAAGAGUAGGAUUGAGAGUUGCCUCUUUUCCGAUAUUUCUCAUAUUUGGUCGUUUCGACAA